UUUCAGCGCUACAUCAACCUCGUUGCCAUUGUCAAUUUUGGAUUCACCCUGCAGGCUGGAUGGGAGACUGUGGGCCUCACGUUGCAGUAUGUCCUGUACAACGGCGGCCCGGCUUCGCUCGUCUACGGAUCCAUCCUCGCGGGCAUUGGGUCCACUGCCAUUGCUACUUCGUUGGGAGAGAUGGCCUCCAUCGAUCCGACAGUUGGCGCUCAAUAUAGAUGGUCCGCACGCUUUGCGCAGCGCUGGCCCGAGUUCUGGGGUUUGAUGCAGGGUAUCCUAGGUUGGGUAACCGUAUUCGCCUGGAUUUUCAACGUCGGCGCCAGCUUGUCCAUCCUGGCGAACAUGGUGCAAGGCCUGAUCCUCUUCCACAAGCCGAGCUACGAACCCAAGCAAUGGCACGGCACGCUGUUCAUGUACGCCUUCAUCGUCGUGCCGGUGCUUUGCAACUUCGCCCUGCGACGGACGCUCAAUACGCUCGAGACGAUUGGCGGCAUCUGCCACGUUCUGUUCUUUAUUACUGUCAUCGCCGUCCUGGCUGUGACGGCGGAGCGCAGCACCACCGACUUCGUCUUCAAGACGCUCACUCAUGAUGUGAGCGGCUGGACCAAUCCGGGUGUUGCGUGGUGUCUGGGCCUUCUGACGACUGUGUUUCCCAUCACCAGCUUCGAUGGUGUUCUUCACAUGAUUGACGAAACCAAGGAACCGCGAAAGCGCGUUCCAAAGUCCAUGAUCACGUCCGUCGUGCUAAACGCCAUCAUGCAGUUUGCCUUUGGCGUCUGCAUACUCUUCUGCCUCGGCGAUUACGACACCGUGACUGCUUCCGGGCUGCCUCUGCUCGAGAUCUACUACGGAGCCACCAAGUCCAAGGCCGGCGCAACCAUCCUGGUCCUCAUGCACGCCAUCAUCUUCCUGAUUUCGCUCUUCAACAUAUUCGCCUCCGUGUCGCGCCUCGUAUGGGCCUUCGCCCGGGACAAAGGCCUCCCCUUCUCCAAGACCUUCACAUAUGUCCACCCAACCCUCCAAAUCCCCAUCCCCGCCCUCCUCCUCGUAGCCUUCAUCUGCGCGCUCCUGGCCCUCAUCAACAUCGGCUCGACCGUCGCCUUCACAGCGCUUGUCUCGCUCCCCACCGUCGCGCUCUACAUAUCCUACUUCAUCCCCAUUACGCUGCUCACUCUGCGCAAGCUAUCCGGCAAGCACCCUCGAUACGGGCCGUUCAAGCUAGGCCGCUGGGGGCUGCCCAUCAACCUCUUCUCGCUAGCUUAUAUCGUCUUCGUGCUGAUCUGGAUCCCGUUCCCGCCGGGGCGGCCCGUGACGGCGCAGACGAUGAACUAUGCGGGCCCGCUGUUUCUGGCGGUGAUUGUGUUUGCGCUGCUAGAUUGGUGUACGACGGGCAGGAAGAGGUUUGUGGUGCCGACGGGCGCGGUGGCGCUGCCGGAGGAUGAUAAGGAGAUUGAGGAUGCUGCAGAUUCGUGA